AUGGAUUUACUCGGAAGCGCCUCCCAAGUUUACGAAAUGGACCGCCCAUCCGUUCAAAUUUCAGUUCUGCAGGAAAAUCGAGUCUAUGAGCAGAAAUUGAGCUCAACAAGAACAACCUUCCGAGUUUGCGAAACAUCGCGCCCAACCGUUCAAAGUCGGCGUUCGGUUUUGCAGAGAAAUCAAGUCUUUUACCAGAAAAUGAGACCAACAGGAACGACCACCCGAGCUUACGAAACAUGA